GACGUAAUGCUACAUCCCACCACUAGGCGAUGCUGAGAUGGAGCACUUACGAUAAACCAUGAACGAGGAAGAGAACGGAGUCAGCAGGGAAGUUGUUCGGGCAUGAUCCUGUUGUCCACGUGCAGCUUUAGAAGAUGUGACCAUGAGACACUUAUUACAUGAUGUCCGAUCCGUCAAAAAGAAACAAAGUAUCAGAUGGCCUUCUUGGCAACUACAGGUAUCUGUGCAAGAAGUCCAUGACGAUUCGUGCAAUGGAGAGCGCCGUACCCAGGAAGAAACGCCAAGAUGUGAACGCUGCCUCCAACAGGAGGAGGAGGAAGAAGAAGAAGAGAGCCCGCUCCCUGUGCGAACCCCUGGAACUAAACGCGCUGAUGAAGAAGGCGAAAUUAGUCGAGCCGAACCCGGACAGCACUUUAAACUCCGCGCCUGAGCCGCACCGCCACAGUGUGAUGGCAGUGCUCAGAGACAGCUGGGAGGUUGACAGCGGCUUCUCUGAGAGCAGCCCUCCCGCCAGCGGCCGCAGCUCCCCCUGCCUCGGUCCGAGCCCCCUGGCUGCCUCCGUGGUGGCGCUGGACUGCGAGAUGGUGGGCACCGGGCCCGGCGGCCGCUGCAGCGCGCUGGGCCGCUGCAGCAUCGUCGACUACCAUGGCAACGUCUUGUACGAUAAAUAUGUCCGACCGUGUCAGCCUGUCACGGACUUCCGAACGCCCUGGAGCGGGAUCCGCCGGCACCACCUCCACAACGCCGUACCGUUCGCCCAGGCCCAAGAGGAGAUCCUCGCUAUACUUGAAGGCAAGGUGGUGGUGGGUCAUUCCAUCUACAACGACUUUGAGGCGCUGAACAUGGACCAUCCCAGUCACAUGGUCAGAGACACCAGCACGACGCGUCACCUACGGCGCCUGGCUGGCUUCCCUCAUGGACGCCGCUCGUCUCUUAAGCUGCUGGCCAACAAGCUGCUGAACCGGAGGAUCCAGGCUGGGAGAAGGGGCCACUGCUCGGUGGAGGACGCCCAGGCCGCGCUGGACCUCUACAAGCUGGCUCAGGGCGCCUGGGAGCAGGAGAUGGAGAGGAGGCUGGGCGACGAGCCGACCGUCCACUCCUCGGAUCACUACAUGCAGGACGAGUUCUGGCCGGACGAGGUCCUGACAGACGGCCCGUGACAACCGUUGACCGCUUCGGCAGAAAAUGUCGUUCGUGGCAAACGGGUCGGGAUCUCCGAUUCAACUUCCUGAGGUGGAAUGGAAACUUCAGCGGUGGAAUUUUUUUAUCUUUUUUCCCCCCAAGAUGGGAAGGUUACAGCAAGUAAAGCGUUUUCAUUUCAUUGUUGUGAUGCUGAAAGUUAAAUCAUGGUGAUUUCUGUCAUAUUUAUUAUUAAGAAUUUGAUUGUGUUUUGGAUUAAUGGUGCAGUUAAAGUUGAGGUUACAGUUCUCUGUUAUCUGCUUUUGUCUAAAAGGUGAGAAGCAACAGAACGUUCCUCCAUGCUGAGUGGAAUUAAAUAUGGAUGAAACAUUCAUUCAGUCCUUUCUAACAAACUAGUUGAACUACUAGUUUGGUGGAGGAUAACCGAUGCUAUCGGAUGUGAUCUAAACGGGUUAAACCUGCCAAGCCAGACUUUGGCCUAGAGAGAGCGGCGGGUUCUUGUGCCGCUCUCAGGUGGAUCUGCAGCCGUUCACAGGCGGUGUUUGAAACGUGAUCGUCCUUCUGUUCAAACGUGACGCUUCAUUACCUCUGGUUGUAUGCUGUCCACCAGCCUUCAGGUUGUGAGAAAUAAAACAGUUUGGUUCAAAUCA